GACCUAUUUGGAUAUUUACAAACAAUAAAAUGACAACGCAUCGAGCCUCAAAACAAGCAUUUUUCUAAUCGCCUAAAGCGCGCCAGGCCGUUAAGCGAAAUGCCGACUUGUCGUCUAACAGGCUGAAUUUUUCAGGCCAUUAGACUAUAUCGUCGUCGAUUAGCCUAACGGGCGGCAUUUAGCUAAACGCCUAGGCUUUUAGCUAAAUGACUAAUUUCGCUAUCGGGCUACGACAUAUAUAUAUCUUCUCUUGUCAUUAACUUUCUUCUAGGAAAAUUAUUAAACGAUAUACAUAUAAGGUAAGAAGUACAAUAAUUAAACUGGUACUACUUUCAAUUAAGAACUAUUGUAAUAAAUUAUAAAUAGAAUUCACACGAAUACAUCGCAAAGUAAGCUCAUUGCUUUAUCCAUUAAUCAAGUAAUUGACAAAACAGAUGUCAUAAAUACAUGCCUGUGAAACGAAUUAUGAUACUACGUGUUUAAUAUAACCUACAGAUACGACACGCAACUAGUUUUUGUCGUUGCUCUGUAAAAGUCAUAUCGUUACGUAUUCAUUUGCUUAUGUGAUAAAUUUAAUUUAGCAAUAACUUGCAAAUAUGGUGUCUAUAAACUGAAAUCAUCUUAUCUUUAUAUUAUGAUUUAAUGAUGAUUGUGAAAAUAUGAAUUGCAUAUGAACUCACGGUUCAUUUCAAAAUUAAAGAAAGAAACAGCACGAUUUAAUAUUUUAAAAUGAGUAUCUUCAUGCAUUACGAUAGACUAUUAUAUGUGAUACGUGUGUGGGGAACGUUUACUGCUGUUUGGCCAUUAGAUUUUAGAGCUGGAAAACUUAAAGCUUUUUUUUAUGACAUUUUUUGGUGUAUUUGCGUGGUGAAUAUGACAAAUCAAUGUUAUUUACUUGUUAAAAGUAUAUUUCCGGUACAUUUCGAUCAAAAAGAUUUUGAUAUAAUAAAAAUAGUGGUGGAAUUGAUAUUCAGUGCAGAAGCACUUUUUAAUUGUCUCUAUUGUAGAAUACGAAGACAACAGUUACAGAAGUUGUUGUUCGACAUUGAACAAUGUGCUCAAACUUGGACGCCUUACGAAAAAACUAUGAGGGAGAAAUUUAUGCGUAAGACGUAUGCGAUAUACCUUUCUUUAGCAACGAUAUAUAUUACGGGCGCAUUGUUGUUCCUCCUUUUGCCAGUAUUAACAGAUAGCAUUUUGCCACUCAACGUCGUGUAUCCUUUUUCAAUAUCUAAGUUUUGGAUUUAUUGCGUAGCUUACGCGAUGAACACGUUUUCCAUUUCACAAUCGUCGACUACUAUAGUUGUCGAUAUGAUAAUAAUUACGAUAUUGUGGCAAGCUGUCUUCAAAUUUAAAUUGUUAGGCAUGCCGAUGCGUUCGAUGGUUACUGCCAACAAACUCCGAACCUGCAUAACAACGUAUCAAGAUAUUUGCAACUACGUACGGGAAAUCGAAUGUAUCGUUAGUUAUUUGCUCCUCAAAUUGACAAUAGUUACUUCUGGUUACGUAAUCACUUGUGGUCUGCUAAUUCAAAACAACGCACCUAUAGUGGAAAUAAGUAUAUUUCUUAAAAUCACUUCUAUUUCGAUUUGGAGGCUCUUUGUUUGCUGCUGGUCGGCACAAGCAGUGACUGACAUGUCUUACAACUUAUCUUGGCAAAUCUAUAAUUCUCCAUGGAUAAAUGCAUCACGGAACACACGACGAAUAAUUUUUAUGAUUGUUCAAAGAUGUCAGAAACCAAUUGUAAUUAGCGGAACCAGUUUCAUACCUGUAAUUUCUAUAAGAUUUUGUGGAAAAGUUCUUUCCACUACGUUUUCAUAUUUUAUGGCAUUGCGAACAAUACUAUAUUAGACUUGGAGAUUUCAUACAAUUUAUCAGUAGUCUAUGAUAAUCUUCAACAUUUACAAUGUAAAAUUGGAACAGAAAGGUAUCCUCUCUUAAUCUUAAUAAUUAAAAUUGUAAUAUUUCAAAUGUAUUUUUAAAAACGCGUGUAUAUGUGUAUAA